CAGGUUGGAUUCUGCAUCCCACAUGAACUACGAAAAUCCUCCACCUUACCCUGGCCCAGGCCCGACUGCCCCUUACCCGCCCUAUGCACAGCAGCCGGGUGGUCCUCCUGGCCCCUACCCAGGCUAUCCUCCUGGACCUACUGGGCCGUACCAGCCGGGCCAGCCAGGCUAUCAAGGGUAUCCCCAGUAUGGAUGGCAAAAUGCACCUCCACCUCCUGGACCAGUGUAUGCAGACGGGCCGAAAAACACAGUGUACGUGGUGGAGGAGCGGCGGAGGGACGACACGGGCGAGAGCGCCUGCCUGACGGCCUGCUGGACCGCGCUCUGCUGCUGCUGCCUCUGGGACAUGCUGACCUGACCUGCUGCCGCCGACUCCCCUACCUCUCACCGAGUGCUAUGCAGGCUCCCCACUCCUGUCCCCACUUCUUUCUGUUACUGUAAUCAACGCUCUGCUUUGCACAGCCAAGAGUUCCUGUCUGUCCGUCCUAGCGCCUUGUUGGGGUGGGGGGUACACUCCUUUAUUUUAGUAAAGGAAAAAAAAAGAAAAUCCAUUUUUAACAUUUCUAAGACUUUUGUUUUAACUUUGAAGAAUGUGCUAAUGGUGUAUUUCAGCCAAAGGCAUUCUGAUGAAAUGUAUAUUUAUCAGUUGAAAUUUUCCUUGUCCUAGAAAUGGAGACGUACGCAAUAAUUAAAGCCAACGGUUGAUUUUCUUCACUAG